CUUGAGACAAUGAUGUAGCAACAUUAAGUUUGUAAGUUUGUAAUGAUCCUCUGUCUGGAGGCUAUGUGUGAAUUGUGACAUGUAAUGGUAUCAAAAUGGAACUUGGAAAUUUUAAAGCCAUAGUCCUCUUUCCUUUUGUAGUGAAAAAUGGGUUCUGCUGAAGUUGAGGAGGAAUAGAAAUACCAACCUGAGGCCACAAUUUGGUCAAGAAGUGAUAAGCACAUUGGGAAAUGCGAGGUCUGAAGAUAUUUUACAGAAUUUAUUAAUCUUUUGUAUUUCCAAGUUCUGGGGAGUUCAAACUGAAGAACAAGAUGCUGCUGGUAUUAUUCUUUCUUCCUUCAGGUUCUUGUUUGUCCACUAAGCAUCUCGUUAUGAUAUAUGGCUUUGUGAAUGCUGCAAAAGUCUGCUCGCUUACUUUAUUCAUAAAGCUUUGUUUCGUAACGUUUGUUCUGAAUUCAAGCUUGAAAAGUAUUUUUCCAUAACUUCUGUUUAGUUUGUAGCUGUGGGUAGUAAUUAAUACAGCUUUGUGUGUGUGUGGUUACAUUUAUUCAUAUACAUAAGAAUUCUACAUCAGUAAAACUUACAUCGAUGUAGACACAAUUUUUAUGUUGAAGUUGUGUUCUUAGAUCAUACCUGUCCUCUUUUCUUGUUUUAUUGCUCAUUUUGGGGCUGUUCGAGCAAUAAGCUGGUUAUGGUUAAGUUUAUAUUUAUCUCUGAUUGUACUAGCAAAACUUUCACUUUGAAUUGCACUUUUCUCUCCCUGAUAUAUCUAGAGAAUACAACCAAAUCUUCUUCCAGCUUUCAUAUUGUUAGGCUAAACAAGGAAAAGUCUCACAGUCUCUUUGCAUAAGAUUUCAAUUAAAUAUAUAAAUUAUAUAAAUUAAAUAAAAAAUAAAUAAUAUAAAAAAUACAAAAAAUAAUAUCUCUAUUCCUAUCAUAAUUCUUGCAGCCCUUCCAACAUAAAUUUAUCUCUUUUAAUACAGGUAAGCAAAACUAUAUGUGGCACUAUAAAAAAAAAGUGUGGCACUGAGUCUUAAAAAUUGUGUUCUAACUUUGAUAUAAAAGAUAUCCAUUCCUGUAUAUAAAAAAAAUGGUGAAUUUAGUAGUUGUAUUGAUAUGGCGUUUGGAAUCAUCUGCCCAUUUCUUUCUCGCAUUUCAUUGGUUUGAAGUUUCCAGCUUAUCAUGUGAAUUCCUGUUGGCUCUUCAUGAAAGGCCUCCAGCUUUUUACUGUCAAAUUCCGUCCAAAUUCUGCUAUACUGGUUCUAAUUAUUACAUAGUUUUCUGUGGGUUUUGUAAGACACCCUGGUCUGGCCUCAUCUCGAUGAUCUCUCUCCACUCAGAUAAUCAGCAUAUCCAGAAUCUCAGUAGUGAGAGGUCUAGAAAAAGUCUGAAGCGGGACUGGUGCCCCCCAAAGUAUGCUGUAAGGAGCUCACAUCAGCCUAAUUGCCUCAUUUUCUGUGUGAUCCUUUGAUACGCUGCAACAGGCUGACUGAAGGAGCUGUCUGCUGUUAUUUUACUGGUUUUCAUCUUCUGUAACUUAACUAUUUUGUGCAGCUGACAGGAGGAAGAAGUUUCAUGGCUGUCUUUGGAUAUGCACUUGCAGAUUAGAUUUGAGGCCUUAGAGCAGAUGAGGAGGAAUGAUUUGUUGAGGAGCCCUCUUGGCCUAACUGGCAGAUUGUAAACAAUACCACCAGAAGAAACACUCCCUUCUGCAUGGCAUGGAGGCACUCACCUGCAGAGGAGGCUUUCUGGCUGACGUCAUUUGGUUUUCAGGGACUCAGAUCUAGGAUGUUGCAGGAAUCACGAGGUUUUUUUGACCCUCAGACUGUUACCCAUUGUCUGCACAUCUGUAUGGACACUGGCGAUAGUAUUGAGGGAGGCCUUGCCUGGGAGCCCAGGGACUAGGGAGAAAGGCACUGGACACCCAGUGAUGUUGCCCUGGAUCCUGCCAGUUAAGGAAGAAGGCUUGAUUAAGGAUUUUGUCUUCUAAGAGUGACUCCCGUUUGAAGCACUUACUGCAGAGAGCGCCUGAGUAUUGUCCAGAAUCAAUGAGAGAAGUGUGGGGUUGUAUAAAUUCUUCUUUGCCAGGAGUUUUGAAGAAGUCUGAUGGGUGGGUUGGCUUAGGCUGCUGUGAGCUGGCUAUUGCUGUGGAGUGUCGGCAAGCGUGUAAGCAGGCUUCUGCAAAAAAUGAUGUUUUAAAGGUCUGCAGGAAGGAAUACGAGAAUGCCCUCUUUAGUUGUAUUAACAGAAAUGAAAUGGGGUCAGUCUGUUGCAGUUACGCAGGUCACCAUACAAACUGCCGGGAAUAUUGCCAAGCAAUUUUUCGGACAGACUCCUCUCCUGGUCCAUCACAAAUCAAAGCAGUUGAAAAUUACUGUGCAUCUAUCAGCCCUCAGCUUAUACACUGCGUGAAUAACUACACACAGUCAUACCCAAUGAGAAACCCUACAGACAGUUUGUAUUGCUGUGAUAGAGCAGAAGACUAUGCGUGUCAGACUGCUUGUAAAAGAAUUCUAAUGUCAAUGAAAACAGAGCUUGAAAUUGUGGAUGGACUUAUAGAAGGCUGUAAAACCAUGCCUCUCCCUCAGGACCCACUUUGGCAAUGUUUUCUUGAGAGUUCAAGAUCUGUUCACCCCGGAGUCACUGUGCACCCCCCACCUUCAACAGGCCUCGAUGGAGCUAAGCUCCAUUGCUGUUCUAAAGCAAAUUCUUCCACGUGUAGAGAGCUCUGCACUAAACUUUAUAGCACAAGCUGGGGCAAUUCACAGAGCUGGCAAGAAUUUGAUCGCUUUUGUGAGUAUAAUGCAGUUGAAGUUUCCAUGUUGACCUGUUUAGCAGAUGUACGAGAACCUUGUCAGCUGGGCUGUAGAAAUCUUACUUACUGCACUAAUUUUAAUAACAGACCAACAGAACUAUUUAGAAGCUGCAAUACUCAGUCAGACCAGGGAGCCAUGAAUGACAUGAAGCUAUGGGAAAAAGGGAGUAUUAAGAUGCCUUUCAUAAAUAUUCCUGUGCUCGAUAUUAAAAAAUGCCAACCAGAAAUGUGGAAGGCAAUUGCCUGCUCCCUGCAGAUUAAACCCUGUCACAGCAAAUCUAGAGGAAGUAUUAUCUGCAAAUCAGAUUGUGUGGAAAUACUGAAGAAAUGUGGAGAUCAUAAUAAAUUCCCUGAAGGCCACUCAGCUGAGAGUAUUUGUGAGCUCUUAUCUCCAACAGACGACUUGGAGAACUGUAUACCCUUGGAUACUUACCUGAGCCCAAGUUCUUUAGGCAACAUUGUAGAAGAUGUCACACAUCCAUGUAAUCCAAACCCAUGUGCAGCUAAUCAGCUGUGUGAAGUAAAUAGAAAAGGAUGUCAGUCUGGAGAGCUGUGUCUUCCAUAUUUGUGUGUGCCAGGCUGCAAACUGGGAGAAGCGUCCGAUUUUAUUGUCCGACAGGGUACACUUAUCCAAGUUCCAUCCUCAGCCGGUGAUGUUGGGUGUUACAAGAUUUGUACCUGUGGACACAGUGGCUUGCUGGAGAACUGUAUGGAAAUGCGUUGUGUUGACCUCCAGAAAUCAUGCAUUGUUGGAGGACAAAGGAAAAGCCAUGGAGCGUCCUUUAAUAUAGAUUGCAAUGUCUGUUCCUGUUUUGCUGGGAACUUGAUUUGUUCUACACGUCAGUGUCUAACUGAGCACAGCUCAGAGGAUGAACGUCGGAGGUUUACAGGUUUGCCCUGUAACUGUGUGGACCAGUUUGUCCCAGUCUGUGGCCAGAAUGGGCGCACGUAUCCCAGCGCGUGCAUAGCUCGCUGCGUUGGGCUCCAGGACAACCAGUUUGAAUUUGGAUCGUGUAUUUCCAAGGAUCCUUGCAACCCAAACCCUUGUAAUAAAAAUCAAAGGUGUAUACCAAAGAAACAAGUUUGCUUGACCAGUUUUGAGAAGUUUGAAUGCAGCCAGCAUGAAUGUGUGCCAAGGCAGUUAAAUUGUGACCAGACACGGGAUCCUGUUUGUGACACAGACAAUGUGGAAUACACUAACUUGUGUACUUUGUACCAAAAAGGAAAAAGUUUGGCAUACCGAGGACCAUGCCAGCCCUUCUGCAGGUCGCUGGAGCCCGUGUGCGGGCACAACGGGGAGACCUACGGCAGCGUCUGUGCCGCCUACACCGACCGCGUGGCCGUGGACUACCAGGGGCCCUGCCAGGCCGUGGGCGCGCUCUCUGACCACAGCUUCCACGCCGAGUGCGCCUUCGUCAGGUGUCCCCAGCUCCCUGCCAGCGGCUGCAAACCCGUCCUCGCGCCAGGAGCCUGCUGUCCACUAUGUGCUGGAAUGCUGAGAAUCUUAUAUGACAAAGACAAGCUGGAUAAUUUUGCAAGGGUAACAAAUAAAAAGCCGAUAACGGUACUUGACAUACUUGAAAAAAUCCGCCUGCAUGUGUCAGUGCCACAGUGUGAUGUGUUUGGAUACUUAAGCAUAGAAUCCGAAAUUGUGAUUCUCAUCAUUCCUGUGGAUCAGAACCCCAAACCACUGCAGAUUGAAGCCUGCAAUAAAGAGGCAGAAAAGAUCGAGUCUCUGAUCAAUUCGGACAGCCCAACAUUAGCGUCACACGUGCCACUGUCAGCCCUAAUUGCAUCUCAAGUACAAGUUUCAUUUAGCAUUUCCUCUGCCUCUGCUCAAGUGGUGCCUGCUCUGCACUCCCUGUUCAUAAGCCUUCUCUUCACCUUGUCAUCAGCAUUGAGAUACUGCAUAUAACUGCUUGGGAACUAAGCACGAGCAUUGUGGCAUUUGUAUUGUGAAGGACAUUUGGAGUUGUUCACUGAACCAGAAAAUGAAACACAUGCAAGAUUUGAUGAACUUACAUUUUUCAUUGGAGGACUAAAAGUAUUUGAAUAAUGUGAAAAGAUUAUUAUCUUAUUCAUAACUAGUCAGAUGACUGUUUCAGCACAAUUAGAUUGUUUUCCAUGGAUCUUGGAAACAUAAAUAUGCUCUGGAAGGUUCUGACAUUAUGGAUUUUGAGGAGAAGGGAUCUUACAGGGUUUUUUCAGCCAUGAACUAAACAGUGUUUUGAGUUUACUGAAGAAUGCUGAUUUUAUAUUAUUCAGAUGCAUAUCAGUGACAAAGAAAGCAUGCACCUAUUUUAAACAUCAUUUUUGGAAGAAACAGAUUGCUGCUACUUAAUUACCUUACCAAAAAUUUAAGAGUUUAUUCUCAUGUAAAUAUGCUUUCAUAUUUUAUUAUGAAGAAAACUAACUAGCCUUGGGCCUGUUUCAGUAGAUAGCUUUCCUUGGACUGGUGAAGACUUGCAGGACUUUGGGCUCACUGCUUGUAAAAUGACAAUCAAGCUCUAUGCUAGUACCUGACUUCAGUGAAGAAAUGUGUUCUUUUUAUAGUUUUGUACAUUUCAGAAUCUCAUAUUGGAUGCAAAAUAUAAAGAAUCUCAGUAUCUAUAUUUAAGUGCCAUUUAAAAUAUUGCAGUAUUUGCAUGUUAUCUAAUGAAAUUUAUACUUUAAAUGUUUAUACAAACAGUAUGUUUUAUUACUUAUUGUAUAUUAUGCACCUGACUUUACUCUACAUGAAGUAUUUUAUAUCAGUAUUAUGAUAGCCAAGUUUUGAAGUAUAUACAGAAAAACUUAUUUUUGCCAAAAUGCUGAACUUUGAAAGAAAGCACUGAAAACAUUUUUGAACAUGUAUGUCAUAGCAUGUUUGUAGCAAUUAUUUUCUGCUAAAUCUUUUAAAUGCAAAAGCAUUAAAGCUUUUUAUUUUAAUAAA